CCGUGUUUGGCCACGCCCCCCCUGCGACUCACCUGCUCGACGGUGACACAAGAAGAUGAACGAAAUGGGCUUGAAGUCAGCCGAGGAACAUUCGGAGCCCAAUUUACUGCACACGUCGGUGGUGAACUUGAACGUGGGGGGUCACAGGUUCUGCACCACACUGAGCACGCUCAGAAAGUACCCCGACUCCAAGCUGGCUGAGUGGUUCGGCGCCCCGUCCAAACUGCUCAGGGACGGACAGGGACACUACUUCUUGGACCGGGAUGGCUCGCACUUUGGCGCCGUCCUGGAGUUCCUCAGAUCGGACCGAAUUCCCACCGAGAACUUGCAGCAGGUUCACAAGGAGGCGGUCCACUACAACAUCACGGCGCUGAGCAAACGCUUGGAGGAAAGCCCGCUUCUGUUUGGAGAGUUGGUUGGAAGGAAGCAGUUCCUCGCCAGAGUUCCUCACUACAAGGAGAACAUUGAGGUUUUGACCCGCAUUGCCCGUGCCGAAGCCGUGGCUUCCCGCCACUCCAGCAUCAUGAUUUGUGUACUGCGAACGCAGGAGGAUUUGGGUUGCUACGACAACGCCAUCAGCAGCUUGGACUCGACAACAAGGAACAAGGAAUCGGUGGUGACGUUUGGACCCUGGAACGCCGCCCCCUCGGCCAAAGACCUGCUGGACUGCAUCAGGAAGGACAUUGAGAGUCAGGGCUACACGGUGCACAUCCAGCCUCACGUCAUGGAGAAGAACUUCCUGUCCCGCAGCUACAACUUCUUCUACACGCUCACGUUCACCUGGUGGUGACCUGCAACUCAACUAAUCUCCAACACGAUAAAUGAUACAGUAGGUCCAGUGUGAGGUUGGAAGACGAUAAAGCAGUCGGUUUGCAAACUUGUCGCACUGUUGUCUUUGUGUGCAGGUGGAAAGGAAAGUAGGGGAACUCUUCCACUACUUGUUGUUGUUGCACCUAGUUGGGGUGGGCGAUACUGGAAAUGUUGGUAUUGUUACGAUGAGUAAACACAGGCCAGUAUUGCUGAGACCGACACUGAAGUUUUCUAAAUCAGGGGUGUCCAAGCGUUUUCAGCAAGGGCUACAUAGUGAAAAAUGAAAGGAUGCAACUUCACCACUUUGAUAUUUUGUGAAGCAGCACAUGUAGAUAGGCUAAGAAGUUUUAUAUACGUACAGUAGUCUUUUUGUACAGAAGCGUAGAACAGCCAUGAUAA